AUGUCAUUCGCUCAGAAGAAUAUUUUUGAACUAUUUCGGAAGGCCGGGGAAAAGGUAGAGGUUCGAGGAGUCGCCCCAACUCAGAUUGUCCACGCCGGAAAUAAGACACAAGAGGAUAAAGAGCGCAACAUCACUAUGUUUAUUGAGAAGCCUAAACAAAGACGACUUGAUCGAUGGCUUGACAAGGUGGUCCAAAUCUCUGGCUCACAAUUUGUGUUCUUGUCUAUACUAACAGCUCUUUUAACCUGGGCCUUGCUCGGUAUCAAAUUUGGGAGGAAUAAGACAUGGCAGAUCCUCAUAUCAGAUGCUCAGGCAAUUAUCUGCUACAUUUUCGAUUCGUUUCUAGUCCGCCAGCAGCUGAACGCUUACGACGAAGACAUGGCAGUUGCUACGCAGAUGCAGUCACGGUCGAUCAGCAAUCUGCGAAUGCUGUCGAAGCUGAAAGAUCAAUCUUCUCAGGAACAGCAAGCUAAACUGGUUGCCCGUCUCGAUCGAGAAUUUUACGUUAAUGACAGUAUUGCAAGCCAGUUGCCAUCUGAGGGUCGGUUGGGACGCUUGGUGACCUUCGUCGCCUUAACCAUAGGUCACAUGGUCACGAUCUUCUUAUUUUGGGUUGGGGUAUUUAUCUGGCUCGGCAUCGGCCAUCUCUUCGACUACAGCGAUACAUGGCAGCUUUACAUGAACUCUGCAUCAUCCGCGCUGAUGGUCUUUACAUUUAUAUUCAUCGCCAACAUUGGUGAACGCCACAGCGUCUACACUAAGAAAUGCCUCGAUUCUCUCUUCCAAGCAGACUCAUCGCUUGAACUACGACUCCGAUCCUUAACCCACGACGUUCGAAGCAACAUUGAGGUGGUGAUUCCUGCUCCGAAGGUCGGCAAGAUUCAGCGUGCCAUCUUCUAUUAUACUGAUUUUGUCGGUACCCUGGUGGGGAUUGCAAUCCUCUUUACGGUGUUCGCUGCUUGGGUGGCAGCCGGCCCGGCUUUAAAAUUUAGCUCAAACUGGUGGCUGUUUAUUGGAACUUAUGCGGGUUUGAUCGGCAUGUUCGACGGAUUUGUGCUGCGGAAUAUGCAGUCUCGCCUGAGAUCGUAUACAGACGCCGCAAUGCAAGUCGUGGACCGGAGAGACCGGCUUCUUUUUGAAACCAUCGGUCUACCAUUUCCCGUCACGGGUCCAGAAGAGAAGAUCCCCGUGACUCGCCGAGUCUCCCAGACAUUGGACCGAAUCACUUCGCACCAAUUUACCGUCGUCGCCGGCUUUCUGACCGUGGUAGGUCUCGUUGCAGGCGCGAGUGCGAUGAACUGGAGUCUAACGGGUCAACUCCUCUGUAACGUUCCACCGAGUAUCAUCGAAUCUUUCCUGAUGAUAGUCUUGGUCACCGGCCACAAUUCGAUUGAAGAAAAGAAGCGAAGUGAGCUUCUCAUACUCUAUGAGAGGCGUUUGCGACUCUCGGGCUAUGUCGAAAUGAUCGAAGGGCUGCAGAAUGAGUCCACACUCGGCUCUCAAGAUAAAGAAACUGUUGUUUACACGACUUCGACCCCAAUCGUGUCUGAAUGA